AUGCUUUGCAUAGUUAAGAGCUAUGAUGUGGAAAUCAAAAAUCUUGUACCAAACAAUAAUAUCUCUGCUGUGUUCUGGUUGGGCCUCAAAUCAGAGAUGGAAAGCUUGGAAACCGAACCUACCCAGGUCUCCAGACUGGUGGAAGUUGAAGGAAUCCCAAUGCCCAUCGAAAUGGUAGAGAAUUGGAAUCUAAUAAGUGGCUUUCAAGCUCAGCCUGAUGACCUUCUUCUCUGCACUUAUCCCAAAGCAGGGACCACAUGGAUACAGGAAAUUGUGGACAUGAUCCAGCAUAGAGGAGAUGCAAAGAAAUGUGCUCGGGCACCCAUUACUGAGCGGAUCCCCUACAUAGAGUUUUUCCCUCCAAAGCCCAUCCCUACAGGCUUUGAAUUGGCAUUGGCAAUGCCUUCACCACGAACCCUCAAAUCUCAUCUCCCAGUUCAACUCCUGUCAACUUCCUUCUGGAAACAAAAUUGCAAGAUCAUUUAUGUGGCCAGAAAUCCCAAGGACUGUGCUGUCUCCUACUUCUAUUUCCACCGGAUGCUUAAAGUGUUUGAAGAUCCAGGAAAGUGGGAAGACUUUCUGGAGAAUUUCAUUGCUGGGAAAGUUAGUUAUGGCUCAUGGUUUGACCAUGUUCGAGGUUGGUGGGAGGUUAAAGACCGUCAUCCAAUUUUGUACCUCUUUUAUGAAGACAUAAAAGAGAACCCAGCUCGGGAAAUCCAGAAAGUUGCUCAGUUCCUGAAUACAGAGCUUUCAGAAUCAGUUCUGGAUCAGAUUGUGAAACACACUACGUUUGAGAGAAUGAAAGACAACCCAAUGGUUAAUUACAGCAACAUACCUUCAUAUAUCAUGGACCAAAAUGUGUCACCCUUUAUGAGAAAAGGCAUCGUAGGGAAUUGGAAGGAACACUUCACAGUGGCUCAAAGCCAACGGCUUGAUGAAAUCUGCACUCAACAACUAGGCAACACUGGCUUGAAGUUCCGCACAGAGUUGUAA